GGAUGGUCCGGGUGCAUGUAUCGGUGCUACCCCGCUUCUCCUCUUUUCUGCUGCUCGGGGGACCCUCGACUCCUCCGCUCUCUUCUCGUUCUCCGCGACCUCCACUCUGCAACACAGCUUCCUCCAUCGAGCUAUUCCUUAACUGAAGACAUAAAAGGAGCCAUUUUUCCUUGUUGGGUCAUGUCUGCCGCUAAUUAGCUGUGUCGGAGUGACAGGAAUUUGUCAAAGUUGGGAUUUUUUGAGCUUCUUGAUCGAAGGAUAGAAGGUGUAGAGGACGAAUUUCUGGUCACUAGCAUGCAUGAACCCGCUAUUGCGGUCUGCGAUGAUUCCGAUGAAUACCCUUUGCUUCCAGAGGAACUUUGCUGCUUGCUCGCGAGCUCUGGUCCCCGUGCAGCUCCCGUCAAGAUCGGAGACACAUUUGUGGUAUGUCGUCCCAGAUGAAGUGAAGAGUGCAUCCCUUCUGGGCCAGUACUCGAAAAUCCUAUCGCCGUGCGAGAAGGAGUAUAUUUCUUGUGUCCGUGGGGAGCGGCUUAAGAAGACGGCUUUAUUGGCUCGUGUAUUGGUUCGAACUACUAUUGCAAGAUAUCAGACCAACGGCCAAGUUGAUCCAAGCUCCUUGAAGUUCAGGAAGAACAUCCAUGGGAAACCUGAGCUAGAGUGGGACGAAAAUGAUCACGGGUCGCCCCCACCUAUACACUUUAACAUCUCACACACUGCCUCCCUGAUAGCUUGUGGAGUAACUGUCAAUUCACCGAUUGGUAUUGAUCUUGAGGAGAAGGAUAGGAAGAUAAAGAACAAUAUCGUGUCUUUUGCUAGACGAUAUUUCACUGCUCAUGAAGUGGAAAUGCUGAGUUCAAUUCCAGACCCCGAAACUCAACGUCAGCACUUUAUAAAACUAUGGACUCUCAAGGAAGCCUAUGUUAAGGCAUUGGGUAAAGGUUUUUCUGCAUUGCCUUUCAGUACAUUUACCAUUAGAUCAAGAAAUUCAUCUAGGAAUUGUCAGAGCAGAGACUUGUCUGAUUCUAGCAGUUCAGAUGCUGAGAUUGUCGUUGAAUCAGUUGAUGGCUCGAGCAGUCUCAUGAAUAGCUGGCAGUUUACUCUUUUGGAACUGGCUGGCACUCACUUUGCUGCAAUCUGUGUAGAAAGUGAUGGAAGUAUUGGAGGUAGAGUGUUUACUCCGAGGAAAGUAACCGCGAGGAAGACUAUACCAUUUGUUGAAGAUGAAUUCCAUCCUGGAACUGAUGCAGUUGUCCUUGGUGGAUUAUAGUAACCGUGAUUGAUCGUCACAAUUGUAUUCUUUGGUGGCUGCAUAACAUUUGAUACAGCUUUUGGUACCUUCAAUAUUGCAGCCACUGAAACGAUAAUAUUCUCAUUUUCAUCCAGUCAAGUCCUUGCAGAGUUUGAUUAUUUGCA